GCCGCACUAUUCAGCUGAUCAGUCUUGUUCGAAUUGUUGGCGCGAGCGGAUGACAGCGGCAUUUAACUUAAGCGGAGUGUCCCACGAUAUUAAGUAUUUGAGCAUUAUUUUUUUCUUCGAACUUGAGUUUUAAAGUUUUAAUGUCACAACAUUUUAUGCAUCUUAGUGAGAUAAGUGGAUGAAAAUAAAAGUAUAACUAAUCGAUGAAAAUUGUAGACCUACGGCGAAUGCGCACUAUCAAAAGCAUCAUCACACACCACAGACUGCAGUCACAGUAGCAUCAUCUUCAUCAGUAACGUGUGCGAAGACGACGGCGCGACGACAUUGAAUUUUUUUUUCUCAGAUUUUAUAAUUAAAAUCGAGUUCGUUGCUCAGCUCUUUUGUUUAAGUCAAUGUUCGAGUGCUUGAUUUGAUUUUAUUUGCUUGUUUUUGUGAGUUUUUGAUGUGUUUUUUCAUAUUUAAGUAAAUAUUAUAAAAUGAGAUAAUAUUUUGAUGUUUGAAGAGUUAAUGAGUGAAUAAAACAUGCUGUGGCAUUAUUUUAUUGAUUCCCUCGCGUGUUGAGCUUUUCAAAAAAAAAAAAAAUAUGAAUGUUGUGAUUUGAUAGUAAUUUCAAGAAGAAUCCAAUAAUUGUCCUUUAAGUACCCUUAAGUAAAAUGGCGUUAGCUAACUUUUCAUUACCCUUUGGUAAUGGUAUUUCAGCAGCGCAUAAUUGGGCAGCAACUUUAAGUCCAAUUCAACAAGUUCAACGUAAUUCCAAUACCAAUAAUCUACUAUUUGGCCCAGCUGGCCACCAGGAGCAUGAUGCAGUACCGACGGAUUAUUACAAGAAUAAUCCAUACUUAGCACCUCAUAACCAACAACAGUAUCAAUAUAAUAACAAUAAUAAUCGUCGCAAAGGUGGACAAACCUAUUUACCACCUAUUCCUCCAACAAGCCCAGGAGCUCCUCAUCAGCAAAAUUAUGAUCAGCGACAAAAGCAAUUUAAUCAUCAAAAUCAACAACAAGGUGCUGGAAAUUAUCAACAGCAUUCUAUAGGAUCUCAACAACAACAACAGCAGCAGCAACCACAACAACCAUCAUCAAGGACCUACGGAGAAAAUAGUUACUCUCAAUUUCCUUCCACCCAACCUCAACAACCAUCACCGCCAGCUACUGUUCAAGUUACACGUUCACAACAGCAGCAAUAUUACACAAGUUCAUAUAAUACUCAAACUCAUACAGCAUUUUCAGCUGGAACUGCAGAUGCAAGUCAGCAGGAAGUUGAAGGUGGUGGCUAUGGGGUAGCUAAUCAACCGAAUUCAAAUAAUGACCAACCUCAAGAAGUUGAAACUGCAAGACCUCCAGUUAAUACACCUGCUCCAAUUAUUCCAACUCCUGCUAGUAAUGGGAAUUCGAAUGAUCCGUAUCCAGAACGUCCACCUGGAUUUACAAGAGUUCAGGCUGGACAAGGAUCACGCACCCAAGUUCACGCUGUUCUUGAUUAUGAUGUUGAAGAGGGCGAAGAAGAUGACUAUUACGAUGCAGAGGAUAAUGGAUCACCAGUUAGUAAAAAUGGUGAUAAGAAAUCAAUGCCAACUGUAACACCAAUUCAAGGGCCAAUAUUUUUAAAGAACGGUUCAGUACCGGUAGUGCCAUUGUUCUCCUAUCCUACUGUCAACAAUGGAAGUUUUGUUCAAAUUCCGAUCUGGUGGACAGCGCUUUCAGUUGCUCUGGGCCUAGACGUAAGAGGUGAUGUUAUCAAAGGAGUGCCAUGUAUUAAAAGAUAUCAUCAAUUGUUUUGUCCAACAGCAGGAAAUAGUUAUCCAAUUGACAAAAUCGAACGAUUUAUUGACGAUAAUAAGGCUCUGAUGCGGCGGAUGUACGGAGAUUUUGAAAUGAAUAUGGAUUCAGGAGGACCGAAACAGCAGACAAAACGACGGAGACGUUUCAUUGAUGAACCAGAUAUGUUUAUACCGCCUGGAGCAUAUCCAGCGGUACCGGAAGAUAUAGAUAGUGAUCAUGAACCGGAUCGGGGUGAUACAUACUUUGGAAAGCUGCGUAAUAAGCGACAGUCUUCAAAUCGAAGUCCUAAGCCGCCAUUCAAUAGAGAUAGUAACAAUGCGGGACAGAGUGGUUCACCGACUGGGAGACUGGACGCAUGUGAAUCAAAAAUAGAAAUCGUAACGCCAUACUGGGCUUCAAAUUCGGCGGGAAAAAUUCGAGCAAUUGUUAAUACGCAACAUUUCGAACAGGCGAUUCAUCAAGAAAUUUGCUCAAAAGCCCGUACAAAUAGAUGUGAAAAAGACUGUGGGUGUGAGCAGAAAUACAAAUGGCAUCGUUUAUUAGCUUACGAUCCUGAUAAUGAUUGUAAGGGAAUUUUCAUGGAUUGGUUUUUGUUCCCUUCAUGUUGUGUAUGCAGAUGUAAUCCUUAAUAGUAUCAGAAUCAUCAAAUUAAUGACUUAAGAAAAAGAAAAAUAAACGUAGUUUUAAGAUUAGAUAAAUGUUUAUUAACAAAAACUAGAGCACAUUAAUUUUUUUAAAAUCAUUUAUUAACAAUAUAAGAAUAUUAAAAAAGUGCUAAUUUAAGUUUGUAAUAAGUAUAGACGUCAAUAAUAAAGAGUUUAAUUAAAAAAACAAAAAAUAAUGAAAUUUAAAUCAAAAAGUCAAAAAAAACUAUAUUUGUGUAGCUUGUAAAUAAAAAAUAGAACACAAAAUUAACUACUUUAAAAUUAUUCAUAUAAGAUUAUAAG